AUGACUCUUUUCAUUAAUGGCAAGAUCCUCUCGAGGACUGUCGCCAGUUUGGCCGACGAACCCACCUUUGCUGAGAGCAUGUACAUAAAAGACGGCAUCAUUCAAGCCGUCGGCACAAAGGAUGAUGUGCAGGCCAAAGUCACGGGGGAUGAUGUUGUCACGCAGGAUCUCGGCGGGAAGACGGUUCUGCCGGGGUUUGUAGAUGGGCAUAUGCAUCUUUUGCUACUGGGCCAGUCGUUGAGAAAGAUUGCGCUGGAGGGGUGUAAGAAUCUGGAGGAUAUUCUUCACGAGCUGCGCACGUAUGCAAAGGCGAAUCCGGAUGUCCCGCGGAUCAUGGCCAAGGGGUGGAUGCACUCUAUGACGCCAGAUGGCGUGACGGCCAAGAUUCUGGAUGAGAUUGACGAGAGGCCGAUUUAUGUUGAUACAAAGGACAUGCACUCGACAUGGUGCAACUCAGCGGGCUUGAAGGAGAUGAAAGUCGCUGAUCUGGAGGAUCCGCCGGGCGGUAUCAUCGAGAGGGAUGAGAACGGUAAACCAUCCGGUGUUCUUAGCGAAGCGUCCAUUCUGUCGAUUGUCUGGCCGACACUUGCGCAGCUUGCGUCGAAUGAGGAGCGGAUUGAGUGUAUGCUCGCUGCGUUCAAAGCGUACCAUGCAUCAGGAUACACGGGGAUCAUCGAGAUGGCGAUGGAUGAGUACAGCUGGGAGAGUCUCGUUGAGCUGAAGAGCAGACAUCCCGACGUGGCGAUGCGUGUAACAGCGUAUUGGAUCGUCAAGCCUGCUGAUACAGUUGAAGAGCGCACACGACAAGUCGACAGGGCGAUCGAACUUGCGAAGCAGUAUAGUCUCGAGACAUCGCCUGACCUUCGCAUCGCGGGCAUCAAGAUCAUCUGCGACGGCAUCAUCGACGCCUGCACGGCAUACCUCUCAGAACCAUACUCCUCAGUCGCAUCACCGCCCCCGUUCUGGUCAAGAGAGGAUCUUGAACCUGUUGUCAAACAGGCCGCCGAUGCAGGAAUCCAAAUAGCCCUUCAUGCCAUCGGUGACGCGGCGAUCCAUAUGGCGGUCGACAUGCUCGAGAAGUACGGCAAGCCAGGUUCCCGACACCGAAUCGAACAUCUCGAGGUCUCAUCCCCCGAAGACGCAAAACGUCUCGGCAAACUAGGCCUCACAGCAUCCAUCCAGCCCGUCCACGCCGACCCAGCCAUCCUGCGCGCAUGGCCACGUCUCAUCGGCGAACGUCGCGACCGCGCCUUCGCAUACCGUGAAUUCGCCGACUCAGGCGCCCUCCUCGCCCUCGGCAGCGACAGUCCCACGGCGCCUUGGAACCCUCUACACAACGUGUACGUAGCAGCGACACGACGCUCGGCGAGGGAGCCGGAGUGUGAGGAGGUGGUGAAUGAGCAUUUCAAGCUGGGAGUCUGCGAGGCUGUUGUUGCGGGAUCGCAGGGCGCGGCCAAGAGUGUUUUUCAGGAUGGGAGGGUUGGGUCGUUGGAGGUGGGUAAGUUUGCGGAUCUGGUUGUGGCGGAUAUGGAGUGGGAUAGUAGGACGUUGUUGAAGGCGGAGAUUAGGGAGACGUGGUUUGCUGGGAAGAGGGUUUGGAGUCUUGGGGGUUGA